CACAAACACGUCAGAAACGACUAAAGAUUGAAUUUGAUUGGCCCACUACGGAAUUUCAAUUGUUUUCUUUCAAUCAAAAUAGUUGUAGAAACAAACCUGGUGGGUGAUGGUCCCAAUCCCAAUAAAAGGAGUUUCUUAUGUUUUUAAUCCAUUGCAAGUUGCAAAUGUAUCCGUAAAGUUCGCCCGAUUUCUCACGAUAGUUUUCGCCAAUUAAAGCCCCAAACUUGUGCCUGUUUUUGGUGUACAAUUUUGAAAAGAAAGACAAACCAAGAAAAUGCCUGUGUUUCACACGAAAACUAUAGAAUCUAUUUUGGAGCCCGUUGCACAACAGGUUUCCAAAUUAGUCAUUCUCCAUGAAGAAGCCGAAGAUGGCAUCCCGAUGCCAGAUCUCGAACAGCCAGUGCGCUCUGUCAGCAGUGCAGUCUCGAAUUUGGUUAAAGUUGGCAGAGACACAAUUAACAGUUCAGACGACCCCAUUUUACGUCAAGAUAUGCCUGCGGCUUUGGUCAGAGUUGAAAGGUCAGCUAGAUUAUUGGAAGACGCCAGCGGUAGGCUGAAAGGUGAUCCUUUUUCAGCUCCAGCUAGAAAACUGUUGAUUGAAGGCAGCGGUGGGAUUUUACAGGCUACAUCAGCUCUGCUUUUAUGCUUUGAUGAAUCGGAAGUGAGAAAAAUCAUACGAGAAUGCCAUAGAGUGCUAGACUAUUUGGCUGUUGCCGAAGUGAUAGAAACUCUGGAUGAGCUGGUGCAAUUUUUAAGGGAUCUUAGUCCGUGUUUGAGCAGAGUUUCUCGGGAAGUUAGUGCUAGGGAAAAGGAAUUGACUCAUCAGGUUCACUCUGAAAUCCUUAUUCGAUGCCUGGAACAAGUAAAAACCCUAGCGCCAAUUUUAAUCUGCUCUAUGAAAAUUUACAUCCACAUUGUCUCCCAAGGAGGUAAGGGAGCCGAAGAAGCUGCUGAAAACAGAAACUACUUAGCACAGAGAAUGACAGAUGAAAUUAAUGAAAUUAUAAGAGUGUUGCAGUUGACAAGCUAUGACGAAGAACAAAGCGACCUAGACAACUUGACUGUCCUAAAAAAAUUACAAAACGCCAUCCAGAACAAACUCAAUGCAGCUAACGAUUGGCUACUAGACCCAAACGCCGUCCGAGGAGGUGUAGGUGAAAAAUCACUUCGACAAAUCAUCGAAGAUGCCCAGAAAGUAUCUGAAAGGUGCCUACCGCAAGAUGCCCAUAACAUUAACAAAAUAUGUUCAGAUUUGACUACUAUGACGGAUGCUUUGUGCGAGCUUAGGCAAGAUGGCAAAGGUGCAACGCCACAAGCCGAGUCGUUGGCAAGAGGAAUUCGAGAAAAGUUGGGUGAGCUGCAACAAGCUGUCAAUACUGCAAUUGUAAAUGUUGAUAAAACUGGGCUGCAACAAACUGCUCAUACUGUUCAAGGAAGGUUGGAACAGGCCAGGAAAUGGUUGUCAAAUCCUGGACACGAUGAUAAAGGAUUGGGACGGAGAGCUAUAAAUGCUAUUGUAGAUGAAGGACGAAAGGUCGCAGAUGGUCUUCCUGGUGUCCAAAAAGCUGAAAUCCUACAACUAUGUGACGAAGUAGACUCCUUGUCUCGUCAAUUAGCGGAUCUGUGCGCCCAGGGCAAAGGAAAUUCGCCACAGGCUCAAGAAAUCGCCAGAAGAUUGUCCCAAAAACUACACGAACUCAAGGAAAAAAUCCAACAAGCUGUGACCAAUCGUGUCGUAGAAGAUUUCAUCGAUAUUGUUACACCUUUGAAGUUAUUCACUGAAGCCGUUUUAGCUCCAGAAGGUACCCCGAACCGUGAUCAGAAUUUUUCUGAUAAGGCUUCGAACUUGCAGAGCUUCAGCAAUAGGGCCGUUAAAACUGCUAGAAUGGUUGCUGCAGGUGGUAGUGGUGGAAAUAAGAAAUUAGCCGAAGCUUUGAGCAGUGUAGCGAAUCAAGUUGAAAGUUUGACACCUCAACUUAUUUCUGCUGGCAGUAUUCGCAUGAAUUAUCCCACCAGCAUGGCUGCCGAUGAACAUUUUGAAAAUUUACGUCAGCAAUAUGCCGAUACAGUUACAAAAAUGAGGAAUCUUUGUGACGAGGCUACUGAUUCUGCUGAUUUUAUCAAGGCUUCAGAGGAACAAAUGAAAAAACAUUCAUUUCUGUGCGAAGAAGCCAUCAAAAAUCGUCAACCACAAAAAAUGGUUGAUAAUACAUCGGCCAUUGCACGUUUGGCUAACCGAGUGCUUUUAGUGGCCAAGCAAGAGUGUGAUAACUCUGAGGAUCCUAAUUUCAUUGAUCAAUUGAAUAGGGCUUCGGACUCUUUACAAGGAGCUGUUCCUCCAAUGGUUCAAGACGCUAAAUCUGUCGCAGUCAAUCCUGCAGAUCACAAUGCCGUUUCUAGAUGGAGAGAAUCGAACAAAGCUCUUCUAAAUGCUGUUGGUCAAGUAAGGAACGCUGUCCAAGUCAAUCCCGAGUUGCCGCCAUUACCUGAUAUAAACAAUCUUCAUAUUGAACCAACUCCGAAUCAAUACUUUGUAGAAAAAGUCGGGGCACCACUGAGAGACACACCAACACCAGGAACCGAGUAUUUUGGGGGCCAAUACAGCCCCUCACAGCACUUCGGAAGGCCUAUUAGCCCCUUACCUAAAUGGGCUAGAGGGGACAACUCUGAUCUCUUAAUGCAAGAACUAGCGCCACCUAUUAAUUCAUAUCCAGACCAAGCUCCGCCAAGGCCCCCAUUACCUUACGAUGGAGCCCCAGUACGUCCACCGCCUCCUGAAACUGAUGAUGAAGACGAAGUCUUCAAAACUGCUCCAAACGCUAGUCAACCCAUUAUGGUGGCCGCCCACAAUUUACACAGAGAAGUUCGCCAAUGGUCAGCAAAAGAUAACGAACUUAUCGCUGCUGCCCAAAGAAUGGCCAAAUUGAUGGCGAGGCUUUCGGAACUUGUCCACAACGACGACAAAGGCUCUAAACGCGAACUGAUUGCUACAGCUAAAGCUAUCGCUGACGCUAGCGCUGACGUUACUAGGAUAGCUAAGCAAUUAGCUAGGGAGUGUACUGACAAGAGAAUAAGGACGAAUUUAUUGCAAGUUUGCGAGAGGAUUCCUACGAUUGCUACACAAUUGAAGAUUUUGAGUACUGUUAAGGCUACUAUGCUUGGAUCGCAAGGUUCCGAAGAAGACAGAGAAGCCACCGAAAUGUUGGAAGGUAACGCCCAAAACUUGAUGCAAAGUGUCAAAGAAACGGUUAGAGCAGCUGAAGGUGCCAGUGUUAAAAUCCAUGCCCAAACGCACGGUAAACUAAGAUGGGUGCGUAGGCAACCGUGGUAUGCUUACGCCUAAAAAAAAAUUAAGAACGCAGAAAAAGGCAUCAAUUCGGAUUUUGUAGAAUUGAUGCAGGGGUUGGCUGUCAUUACAUGCCAACAAAAUUAUUAUUCACACCAAAAUUCUAGGCCUUAUUUAUAUACGCAGUAGGUCACGUUUUGUGUUCAUUUAUUAUUCGUAUUGUCUAACUUAUAAUUUUUCAUUAAUGUUUUUAUUUUGAUGGAUGUCGUUAAUUUUUGUAACUAAAAGUUAAAAUGAUAUUUUACUAAUUUUGAGGCAGCUCGUUGUUACUAAAAGAAGAGCAACUCGUCGAAUUUUCACUGCAGCAAUUUAUAUUUAUAUAGACUAGAAAAAAGAAAGCACUUAUUUCUCACUAAUGCGUAUCAGUAACGUACAAAUUGUUAUCGUGAAGAAUUUACAGCAAUAUUAUGAGUUUUUUGGCCUAGGUUCAUUUGAAAAAUACAUUAAAUUACAUAUCUGUAUGCUUAAUUCAGUAGUAACUUUCCUAAAAAAGUUUUUUUUAUGGAUUUUCAUGAUAUUAUAUGUAUCUAUUUGCAGCUUAUUAGCUAAUCGAUAAGUAAUGAAAAUUUAGGAUACAAAUAAAGUAGGGCUUUAACCAGUCUCUAUGAUUUAUGAUUGUAUCAAUAUUGUCUUCCAGUUAAAGCCAACAACGAAUUUGCUUUAGAGAUUGGUAAAACUUGCCCUAAAAAGUGAUGUAGACAUGCCUUUUGCUAAGAUAAUCCCUGAAAUAGAUAGUAUUUUUAUAAGCUUUAUAUAGAGACUUUCCCUAUAUUAUAAUAAUGAUGUGCCUAUUUAUUUUGUGCAAUAGUGCCAAAAAGGUUGAUUUUUUUUUUGUGUUAUUUAUUUUGGUUGUGAACAAAGAGGCUACUAUUACUAAAAAAAUAAGUUUGACCUGAAAUGUUUUGAUUAGUAGCCACACUUUCAAUUCGAAAAGCAAUAUUAACCAAAUGGCAACUUGUUAUACAAUAUUAACUUUUUUUUUUUACUUAUUAAGUUUGUGUAUUCUUAAUUAUAUUAUUGUCUUAUUGUAUUCUAACAAGUAUAUUUUAUACAUUUUUUAACUUGUUCUCACAUAUGUAUUUAUUUUGAUUUUUGGAUUGAACCUUUGUGUAACGAAAUAAUAUUUAAUAAAGAAAUAUUAGCCAA